AUGAGUGAUGCCACACAGCUCGAGCCUCACUGGGGCUAUGCCGACCGUGCGCUGCCUUGCACCAGCGACAAGGGCUCCUGUGAAUACUUGGAUUUAGUAUACUCGGCACAUGACUUGGGCAUGCUAUAUGCUGGCAUAUUAUGGGCAACCAUCGGCGGUAUAUUGAUCUUUUGGGCGGUGCGCCGCAAGCUCAGUUUACCCUCACACAACCUGGCUAUACCAUACAGGAUUCACGAAUCGGCAUCUGCACGGCUUGGCCGCACUGCUAGAGCUGCCGUCCAACGCUACCUUCUUCCGGAGUUCAUUCGCUCAGUAUUUGGCCACGCGACUCGCUUACAAGUUGUGGUUCUAGUCAGCCUCAUUGGAUACCUCACCAUCUGGUCCUUCGUCGGUCUCGCAUAUCGAACCUGGGUCACACCCGUCAAGAAUCUACCCGGCGUUUACAACACUCGAACUACACUCGGUCCAUGGUCUGAUCGCAUCGGGGUCCUGGCAUAUGCACUCACGCCUCUGUCUGUAAUGCUUGCCAACCGAGAAUCCCUGCUUUCACUUCUUACUGGAGUGCCGUAUCAAGGCUUCAAUUUCCUACACAGGUGGCUGGGAUACGUUAUCUUUGCCCAGGGAUCCCUUCAUACUAUAGGCUGGUGUGUGACCGAGAUGCGAUUGUAUCAGCCCCAACCGGCUGUGGCACAGCAACUCGUUGCUGAAACCUACCUAGUAUGGGGGAUCGUUGCUAUGGCUGUUCUCACCUUGCUCGUUUUCCUGAGCACUUCGUGUGGAAUUCGGCUUACUGGAUAUGAGGCCUUUAGGAAAUUGCAUUAUUCUCUGGCUAUGGUAUAUGUUGGAGCAUGCUGGGGGCAUUGGGACAAACUUGAAUGCUUCAUGAUACCAUCGCUCAUCUUCUGGCUUAUCGACCGUGGCCUGCGUCUCGUGAGGACGGCAAUCCUUCACUAUCAGAUUCUGCCAUCUGGGAAUGUAGGAUUCCGCUCUUGCUCGGCCGACAUCACAUUUUGUUCAGACAGCGAACACGGAGACGUUUAUCGCCUUGAUCUCACGAAUAACCAGGAUCCCUGGGAGAUUGGUCAGCAUUACUUCUUGUGCUUCCCAGAGAGCAGCAUCUGGCAAUCCCACCCGUUCACCCCAUUGAAUGCUCCCCAAGUGCGACAUGGUCUGGUGAAGCAUUCCUACAUUGUUCGGGCCAGGUGCGGUGAAACCAGAAGAGUUGCCGAGCUUUGUGCGAACAAGCUAAGCUCCACGCAACAUACCUCAGACACCAAAGCCAUAUCAGUGAUCCUUACCGGCCCGUACGGAGCAAACAUCAUGGAAGCCCUUGAGCCAAACAGCAACGUCCUUUGUAUCGCAGGCGGUACUGGAGUCUCUUUUGUUCUGCCCGUUUUGCUACGACUAUCCCAGUCGACAAAGUCCGCCAACAGAAAGCUCCAGCUCAUUUGGGCCAUCAAGAGGGCGAGCGACGUGAAAUGGAUUGAGCGAGAGCUGGAGGCUCUUAAGCAGGUCUCCGCGGACGCCAAUGUAGACGUCAGCGUCUUCGUCACCAGGGAUCUCGGAACGAAAAUUGAGUCUACGAAUGGCACCCGGCGUCCAAAUACCGCGAAGCUGAUUGGCGAGUUCUUGGAAAACACAGUUUGCGGGCCAAGCGUUGUGGUUGCAAGUGGUCCAGGGGAAAUGAUUAGCGACAUUCGCAGGGCUGUUGCUGGCUUCAAUUCUCCGAGGAAAGUCUGGGGUGGACAGCAGCGGUACGAUGUGAAGUUGAUAUGCGAGGACCGCUUGGCGAUGUGA